AUGCGGACAGGCGUGAAACUUUUCUUCUACGCCAAGUUCCAAGGCACGUACAAGCUACACAAGCAGAGUGACAUCGAUAUGAAGCGCAUGCAGUCCCUGAGACAAUACCCCACGGAGACGAUACCAGUACGACCCAUUAUCAAUUCCGUGGGGGACUGGAGGAAACCAGCAGCGUUUUGGAUUGCGCAGCUCCUUCAACCCAUAGUGGAAAAACUCCCUGGAGUUACUUGCAGCUCUAAACAGACUAUCCAUACGUAUGAGAGCCUAGAGGUUCCUCCAGAGUCGGUGUUGGUCGAGUUCGACAUAAAAGAUUUCUUUCUGAAUAUCAACGUGGAUUUCUGCGUCCAGGCAACGUCGUGGGCCAUUCAUAUGUACGCUUCCUACAUCAACGGCCCCAUCAAAGAUCUGAUCCUGUACAUCCUACAGCAUCUGUUAAACCAUAAUUAUUUCAGAUUCGACGGUUCGCCAUUCCGCCAACGGCGCGGCGUGGCAAUGGGAUUGGAUUGCGCCCCCCAGGUGGCAGCCAUAAGCGCUUAUUACUACGAAAAACAUCGUGGCAUCCAAGAGCACCCGGGCAUCCUGGCAAAAUCGUGGUCGAGAUACCUCGAUGACGGAUUAUUUGUAUGGGUUGGGUCCGACAGGGAGCUGUUACGACUCGAAGCCCUUCUGAAUACCCCAUGCUGUACCCCGCUAGGUCAGUGCCAUUUCGUGUAUAAAUUUGCCACGUCCCGGUCUAAGGCUGUGCUUUUGGACCUUCAGUUUAGCAAGACUGGAAGAUGGGUCCAUUCGGGUAUCCUGGACGUUUCUCUGUAUUGCAAGCCUAGCAAUCCUCACGCGUACAUCCCCCAGAGUAGCCAUCAUGCCCCUUCUUUGGCCUUUUCGUGGAUACGACAGGAAGCAAAACGUCGUAUCACUCACAAUGCGGAUGCUUCGCGGGCCAUGGCCGAUUUAGCACAAUUCGGCCAGCUAAUCAUAUCUAGGGGCUACUCGGGGCAACAAUGGCGCCGGGCCAUUCGAGGACUCGACCCUUCGAAUCGCAUGUUGUAUCUAGGCUUGCACGCUCAGGUGGAGGCUCGGGCUUCGGACACCGAGCAGGCACGCGUGCUUACAUUAGUGCUCCCACACCACCGACAGGCGUGGUGUAGGGUGAAACAGUGCGUCUCUAUCCCUGCACACGUACAGAGACACCUAACGGCCCAGUCAGUCAGAUUUGCUUGUACCAAUAGCCGUAACAUAAUUUCACACAUUCGCGGGUAG